AUGGGUUUGUUUUCUAGAAAAAAAGAAGCUUCACCAGCGGUGGAAAAGAAAGAUUUGAUUUCAUGUGAAAAAGUAAUAAUUUCACCACCAAAGGAAUAUGGUAGUCCUAAACCAAUGCCCAAAAUCACCAAAGAGCAAGAUGAGGCAUAUAGAAAAUUAUUGACAUAUUUUUCAGAUCCGAAAUAUGAAUUGGCUGUUAAUACAAAAGAUACUUCUAAAAGGAGAGCUUUAAGUCCCAGAGAGAAAUUUUGGUUAACUAGAGAGUGUAUCUUGAGAUUUCUUAGAGCUGCUAAAUGGCAUGAGGAAAAUGCUAUUAAAAAUUUGGAAGAAACGAUGGCAUGGAGAAGAGAAGUUGGAAUCACUUAUGAUAGUGAUGAAAACCCAUUGAGAGGUGAUACUGUGGCUAUUGAAAAUGAAACUGGUAAAGAAGUCUUGUUAGGGUUUGAUUUGGACAGAAGACCACUGUUUUAUAUGAAAAAUGGUAGACAAAACACCGAACCUUCAUUUAGACAAGUUCAACAGUUAAUUUACAUGAUGGAAUGUGUUAUUGCGUUAACCCCAGAAGGUGUGGAACAAAUAACUGUUUUAGUAGAUUUCAAAGCUUAUAAAGAACCAGGGAUCAUCUCUGAUAAACCACCUCCUUUGGCCAUCACAAAAUUAUGCAUCAAGGUGUUACAAGAUUACUUCCCAGAAAGAUUGGCAAAAUGUAUUUUGAUUAACAUUCCAUGGUUUGUUUGGGCAUUCUUAAAGAUGUCAUAUCCAUUUUUAGAUCCACGUACAAGAGAAAAGGCUAUUUUCGAUGAACCUUUUGAAAAACAUGUUGAAUUGACUCAAUUGGAAGCCAUGUAUGGCGGGAAGUUGGAUUUCAAAUAUAACCAUAAAGUAUACUGGGCUGAUUUGGGUAAACAAUGUGAUACCAUUAGAGAAAGACAAUUUGGAAGAUUUAACAAAUUUGGAUCCGUGAUAGGGUUAAGUGAAUGGGAUUUGAAAGGUUCUAAUGACGAAAUCAGAUACCCUGUUGAUUACGCUAGCAUCACUUAA